AUGACGCAAGCAUUAGGCAAAUAUGCAGCAAAGAAGAUUCUCAGCAAGCACAUGGACAAGUACAAGGACAAAGACCCCUUGCCAAACAAUGAUCCAUACUUCGAGUAUAUUAAGCGUCCCGGCAGGAACGGAAAGAUGAAGACGAAGAAAGUCAAGAAGCAAGUUCCUGACUACAUCCCGGAACAUGACGCCAUCAUUCUUGCCAAGAUGCGCCAACGCGCCUACGCCCUCGACUGCUGUCUCUUCUCCAUUAUGGGUGUGCGGUUUGGUUGGAGUAGCGUCAUAGGCAUUGUCCCCGCAGCUGGUGACAUGGUAGACGGUGCCCUUGCUUUUCUUCUUAUUCUGAGAUGCUGGAGAGUCGACUGUGGAAUAUCCGCUUUUGGAAAGGGUUGCAUGCUUUUCAACCUCGUCUUCGAUUUCCUUGUCGGUCUUGUCCCGAUCCUCGGCGAUAUCCUCGAUGCUGGCUACAAAUGCAACACAAAGAACCUGCGAAUCCUCGAGCAAGAAUUGGACAAAGCCUACAGGCCAAAGGCA